AUGCCAAGUCUCGAUGAGCAAUUUGAAGCGGCAGUUUGGAUAAUCAAAUCGCUUCCCAAAAAAGGACCAAUUCAGCCGAGUAUUCAAGAUCAAUUGGAAAUGUAUAGUCUAUUUAAGCAGGCAACAAUUGGAGAAUGCAAAACUGAGCAACCGUAUUUUUAUCAAGUUGAGGACAGGUUGAAAUGGAAUGCUUGGAAUGAUUUGGGAACGAUGGAGAAGGAUGAGGCGAAGGCGAGAUAUAUUGAGAAAAUGUUGAAAAUGGUGAGAUAAAAUUGUUGUUUUCAAAAAAAUUCUGGCGCCAUUUUUUAAGGAAUUUUUAUCACGGUUAAAAAUUUGAGCCCCUAAAUUUUGGAGCACAAAAUUGUCCUUAAAUCAAGGGAAAUCGAGGCGAAAAACCUAUAAUUAUAGUUUUUUGGUGUUUGGUGAAAAGUUUUCGAGGUUUUUCUUUUCUCCAUCUCUAUUCUCAAGAAUUUGCUACUUUUUGCAGUAAAGAUCUUUAAAUUUGGUUGAGUAUAAACGAUUUUAGCAUUUUUGUUCAAAAAACGAAAAAUGUUUUUGAGGUUGUGAAAAAUUCACAAACCGUCGUGUUGUCUGGCGUUCUCUCUUACGAGUUUCUAUCUCUCAUUUUCUCUCCUUCUCUCUCGUCUCUUCUAGAAGCAACACUCUCUCGCUAGUUUUUAUUUUUCAAUUUGUUUUUUUUCGUGAAAUCAGGAAAUUUUACGAUUUUCAUCGAGAACAUCAUAUAUGAGGAGAUAGAGAAAGACAAGGAAAAGACAGAAAUAUAAAAUAGAAUUGUAAAAUUCAACAUCGGAUUGCAAAAUAUGAGCGAAAAACCAAAAAUCAUGUUUUUUUGGUGUUUGGUGAAAAGUUUUCGAGGUUUUUCUUUUCUCCAUCUCUAUUCUCAAGAAUUUGCUACUUUUUGCAGUAAAGAUCUUUAAAUUUGGUUAAGUAUGAACGAUUUUAGCAUUUUUUGUGAAAAAACGAAAAAUGGUUUUGAGGUUGCACAAAAUUCACAAACCGUCGUGUUGUCUGGCGUCUCUCUUACACAUUUCUAUCUCUCAUUUUCUCUCCUUCUCUCUCGUCUCUUCAAGAAGCAACACUCUCUCGCUUGUUUUUACUUUUUGAAUUCGGUUUUUUUCGUGAAAUCAGGAAAUUUUACGAUUUUCAUCGAGAACAUCGUAUAUGAGGAGAUAGAGAAAGACAAGGAAAAGGCAAAAAAAAAUAAAAAUAGGAUUGUGAAAAUUUUUGCCACGUGGAAUUUUGAAUCCAGUUCUAAAAAUUCCUGAACUCUCCCAUUUUUUGUUUCAGGUCGAAAAAUCAGAAAGCGAGCACAAUUUGAUGGAUUAUUUAGAUGAUCCAAGUGUCGGAGAUCUCGUAAAUCUACAAGACGAGUUCAGAGAAGUAAGCAAAGAAUCCUCUGGUUUUCUUCAAAAUUGAAUUUUCUUCAGAAAUUCGCAAUUCUCGGUCGAACUUCGAUGAAAGGACACGAGGGAAAAACAGUGACUGUAAAUGGAGUUGAAGUUAAAUUGUGA